AUGGCGAACUACAUCAAGCUUGCAACAUCGGAGAAACCAUCGUUGACUGUUUCUUCCAUUGGGGCCAUACUUGCACGACAUUACGGCCUGCGCAUGCUCAGCUGCCAGAAACUUAACAGCUAUGAAGAUUAUAACUUCCGGGUCAAGGUGGAAUCAACUAGAGACAAGGGGAAGGAAACAUGUUGCCAUGGUUACACUUUCAAAGUUCUUAACAAGCGAAACUCACAAAACACAAACUUUAUAGGCAAAUGGCAUGAUCAGAACAAUUACCGUUUCAGAAGCCCAGCACGAGAUGAUGUCCCGUGUGUACGGGAGUGGUAUCCUCACCCCCCCCGGGUCGUCCCCACCCUCAGCGGGCACCUGUACCUGACGGUGGACCUACAGCCUGUACCAGUAGAGGGUAGUGAGGAGACAGACAUAACGGUUUCAGACUCCCCGUAUGUAGUACGGCUGUUUGAGUAUGUCCCCGGGACAAUAAUACAGUCUGUACCCCUGACCCCGGGGCUGUGUUACAAGGUGGGGGUGCUGGCAGGCAGAGUUGACACGGCAUUAAAGGGCUUCGAUCACCCUGGUUUCCAUGGUAACGAAGUUCAGAUCUGGCACCUUAACAACGUGCCCUUGAUUCUUGGCUUGCUGCACGUGGUAGAUGACAAAGGUGACAGAGAGAUGGUCAGUGACGUCAUCAAGACAUUUCAGUCACGUGUUGUGGAACACCUGAAUGAAUUUCCACAAGGAAUUAUCCAUGGUGAUUUCAACGAAGGGAACAUCGUGGUAACUCAAGCUACGGAUAACGACAGAUGGAAGGAUGAACACGAUGUGUCCGCCAUCUUGGAUUAUGGUGACAGUGCUUAUCUGCCUUAUAUCGCUGAAGUUGCCAUAGCAAUGACCUACAUGUCAAUCUUGAGCGACAACAUCCCACCACAAACUGCAUCCGGGUACGUUCUGGCGGGCUAUCUAACCAAGAAUGAUUUGUCAGACAAAGAAAUUGAUCUGUUAAAGAUAUGCGUAUGCGCGCGCAUCUCUCUCCUGGUAAUCGGCGCCUACUCGUUCCACGUUAAUCCCAGCAACGACUACACUCUUACCACGGCUAAGAAAGGCUGGCCACGACUUCGUCAACUGUGGAAAAUGGACACAGAACAGUUGGUGAGGGAGUGGCGAAACAUUGCCAGCUCCUGUAAGGAAACACUGGUGGCUGACUGAAGAUGAUGAUGAGGAAGAUUUUGCGUCAGACCAAAGGCUUACAGGACUGACAAGUCAUCACCGAUGACACCAGGUGGCUUGUCUCCACGUGUACCCGUCGUGUUUCAGUGAUAUUCUUGCCAACCAUAAAUCAAUAUGUGCCUUCAGUUAUUGGACGUAUGCAAUAGGGAAAAACAAACAAAUGCAUUUUAAUUAUAUAAGACAUCAGUUUUGACAUUAUUUUGUAACGGUUCCGUAAAAGUUAAUUCUGAUCCA